AUGCGGCAUUCGACGACGAUUUGUGUAACGAUGUUUUUAUGUCCCAUCCUAAUAACACGGUGCGAAAGGAGCGACGAGUAUAAAGAGGGAUCCAACCGACGACUCACCGAUCAGAUCGCCGAGAAAGCCAAGCAGACUGUGGUGGACAUUGGUGAAGUGAUGAAAUCCCAACAAUCCGUCUUGGAAUGCGAUGGCAAGAAGUGCCCAAACAACAACAUAUUUAUAUUUUAUCAGUGCUGCAAAGACCUUCCAAAGGAAUGUUGUUGGCAUAUUCGGUAUUGGCUCACGUAA